AUGAAUGCCGAUGACACCUACAUGCUAAGGCACAACAGAAAAAAGCACCUAGCACUGUUACUAUUCGAGUUAACAAAAUAUGAAAAACGAAAAGAUGACUUCAAGCCAGAUUUUGAAAACGAUCAAUUUUACAACCAGGUAGAAAACCUCAUACAGUUGCUAUUUAAUUACAUAUUUAAUUUAAGUAAAGAAAACUACACAGACUGCAAAGAGGACGUCCCCCAUGAAUGUUAUCAUUCCAGUUCUUCCGAAAAUUUAAGCGAUAUUUUAACAAAUUCUAGUGAAGACGAUGAGGAACUAUCAAACUUUUUCCCACUCAAGGUGGUACACGCGCAAGAAGGAGACAUCCCACAUAUUGAUAAUGUCAAAAAGGAGAACAAACUCGAAUGUAUAGAGUCCAAAGGGGGGGGUGAAAAUGCUAACAAGAGUUCCAUGGAGACCUCCAGGUCAUCUUCUAGUGACUCGCCCAACACAGAUGACAGUAUAAACCGUGUCACAAGUGUACCCGAAAAGAAUGACAGACCCAAUAAGGCAUCCCUCCAAAAUCGUCAAGAAGAAUCACCUAAUCAUAGAAAUAAUAACCUUAUGUCCGAACAUUUUUUCAACUUUAAUUUAAAAUGCAACCAAAAUACACAAACGGUGAAGGAAAAGAAGAAGGUCGAAAAACAAAUAUUAAGCAUCUACUAUAAAACCUUCUCUUCCAACAUCAUUGACCUGCUUUUAAAUAGUCCCACUGUAGAAAUUUCAGAUAUUAUUUUAUUCUUCCUUUUCGAUAACGUUGGAAGUAUAGACGAUAUUAGUUCCUUCUUUACCAAGGGACAUUACACCUUUGAGAUGAUACACAAAUACAUUCAGAAGAAAAAAUUUCGUCGUUCUGUGACGUCUUCAAGUAAGGGAACAUAUAAACACACGUGCGAAAACAACCCACCCCAUUUUGAAAAAAGUCACCAAACAGAUGAUACUAAAAGUGAGUGCAUAAUGGGGAAGGAACAAGAGGGGGGGAGACAGAGUUCGGACGAAAAAACUAUGACAGGACAAAAUACAGAGGAACGAUUCCCCCCCUUAGACGCCAAAAGUAAGGUAGAGGGAGGUCCAUGUCUGAAUGAAGAAUGGCCUACUGCCAACACCAGCACGCAAAAAGUCACAGAUGAUGAUAGCGCAAAUUGUGCAAAUGAAGAGGGAAGCAGUUCCCACUACUUAAGCGAAAUGUUGCCAGAAGAAGCCGCAAAAGAUAUAAACCUCCCCCCUUCCAGCAACGACCCUCGGGACGUCGCUAAAUUAAGAAAUGCCCUCAUCAAAGAGGACACAUUAAUCGUUGAAAAUUUUCACUUCCAGUUAAACAAAUCUUCCGUUCUGCUCAACAAAUUUAUCAGCGUCUUAAAUGUACAACUGGAAAAGCAGAAACAUUUCAGAUUCUGCACUGAUAUAUUUUUCGUAAAAAAUUUAAGGUUGAGCUUUUUGGAAGCAUCCAAGCCGUGGAUUUUCUAUUGGUGUAUUCACACUAUAUACAUCCUACAUAACGAUUUGGAGAUUGAACAGAAGUUAGGUAAGACCACCUUCCGUUACAUAAAACAGUGCGUCUUCACCUAUUUAAAUAAAAUAAAAAACGAAAAUGGAGCCUUCGGAGGUGGACUAAAUCAGUACACCCACAUAGCAACCACCUACGCGGCGGUAUGUGUCUUUAUAUACCUACACGAUGAGGAAAAUAAUUUUUUAAGCUUUCUCGAUAGGAAGAAAUUACAUUCCUAUAUCCUUAAGUUAAAAUGUAAAGAUGGUUCAUUUAGGUUACACAAAAAUGGGGAGAUAGACAUGAGAGGCACGUACUGUGCUAUAGCAGUAUGUUCCAUGUGUCACAUACUAACUAAUCAAGUAAAAAAAAAUGUGGAAAAAUAUAUUCUGUCCUGUCAAAAUUAUGAGGGCGGAUUUACAAGUGAGAAAUUUCAGGAAAGUCACGGAGGUUAUACCUAUUGCGCAUUGGCUACUUUGUGCAUUCUAGGAAAAGUUCAAAAAGUGAAUAUGAAUAAAUUAGUACACUGGCUAAUUAACAAACAAGGGAACUUAGAGGGCGCAUUCAUGGGAAGAACCAAUAAGUUAGUGGACGCUUGCUACUCAUUCUGGAUUGGAUCCAUUUUCUUCUUAAUAAACGAAAUGCAUAUAUUAAAGCAGUUCCUGCAGAGUUGCAAAAAUGGAAAUAAGAAAAAGCGUAUCCUUGGAAAAGACCAAAUUGUGGAUAACACGGAUUUCCCCAAUUUUAAUGUACCAUGCAAUUUUGAAAAAAUUAAUGUAACGGGAAGCAUUUCAAAUGGGAUAAAAGGUGAACAUCCCUCUAUCGACGAAGCGGAUAACCACAAAGCGCGUAACAAAGGUAAGGACAGUCACCACUCCGACUGCAUCGAUGCGCCGUCCAAAUAUGACCACAUGAGUAGUAAGAACUCCCCCAUGACAAAUCAAAUACAGAAAGAACAAAUAAACUUUGAAAAUUAUAAAAAUGAAUUCCUGCAUAGAAACGUCAUGUUUAAUAUGAAUUUUCUGAAGCUCUAUUUGCUCGUAUGCUCUCAAAGCAAUAAAGGCGGCAUGAAAGACAAGCCGAUGGAAAAAGUUGAUUAUUAUCAUACGUGUUAUGCCUUAAGUGGCUUGUCCAUAAUAGAAAACUACAUGUUGUCACAUAAGCCAAACGAUGAGACGUACAGUACGGACCAUAUAAACCAUCUGAACAGAAUUCACAUCCUUUACAAUAUAACCGUUUCAGAGGUAUACAAAAGUUACACCUACUUUUCUCCCUCUUGCCCGAUAAGUGAAAACAAGAUUAAUCACCGAGUUGGGAAAGGUGCUUACUUAUAUUUGAAGCGCCUCCUUUGCUGA